AUGUCCCUAAAGAGAAUUUGUUCCAGUCUCUGCAAUCUAAUUGCAUUACAAAUUAUAUUUGGUUCUUUGAUCUGGGUCCUCGGCUUUGUUUUUCUAUUCGAAAAUCCGUGUUUGGGGAGGAAGGAGUCGGUCAAUAUUAUGGAUGGAAGGAUGUUUAAUGAGCACGAUGUGUUUGGCUUGCACCUUCUGGUGAAGCUAAUUGCUGAAAUCAGGUUCUUUGGGAGCUGGCUACGAGCUAUCUGCGUUUCUUUCAGAUAUUGGAUACAAAGGUGGGGCUACUUUUGUUUUCUUUCCUCUUUUUUUUUUUUUUUAAAGUCAGAACUCUUCUUUCCUUUUAAAUUGUCAUUGGCAGCAACAAAAAGGGAAAGCAAGGAGAAAGUUCUCCAGAAAGAAAAGGCCAAUGGGGUGAGGGAGUGGCCGAAGCCAUUGUUCUUCUUUUAUCCUUCCUUCGAUUUUCUGAGUUCAACUUAUUCUUCUGCAUCGAUUUCUUCUUUUUCUUCUGCAUCGCGUUGUUCUUUGGGUCUUCUGUUUGUGACCGUCGACCAGACGACGUCUUCCCUCUUUUUGUGUGAGAGUUCGGUCACAGCUUCGUGGGGCUGUGACGCUGAAACAGGGAAGAAAGCGGGAGCAAGGUGCUGGCUGAAAAAAGUGGAAGAUAUUUGGUAUCUUUUACAUGAGGGUGUGACGGGAAUAAUUGCCAACUUAAAAACACACACAGAUCCAUGCAGCAACCGAAGUGGACUCAAGCAUGGAAUAUGGACACCAGGAGAAGACGGGAAGUUGAUUGCUUAUGUUGCAAAUACUAGCAAGGUGUGGAGAGCGCCGUGGACUUUGGUGGAUGAAUUAAUCCAAGACAUCAAAAGAGGGAAUUGCACUCCACAAGAAGACACUAACAUCAGACUUCAUACACCCCCUCAAACAUUUUGCUUGGAAAGUUUUGUAUAUUUCACCACAGUGCAGUUCUCUAGUCCAAAUGUCUCAUGGUCAGGUGUCGGAUUUAUAAUCUCGACUGAGCAAACAUGCGUAAGAAUCGUUCUAGCAUUUUUCAGGAUCAUUAGAAGAAUGCAAGGAGAAAAGGGAAGAGAUAGAGGAAAUUAGGAAGUAAUCUUCCUGUCUUCCUCUUCAAAACCAAGCUCUCUUGUUCCUCGAGACGCACCAAAGUUCCUCUAACCUCCAAAAAAAAAAGAGGUUGAUGGUUCUCUUCCGAACCCCCCCUGAAACGAAGUCAAACAAGAGUUGGAACGUUGUCUUUCUACUAAUUUAGGGCUAAUGCUAUCAUUGUGACACCACUUAUUUUUAGCUGAGCCAUGGACGCGCAUUUAUCUCGAAGCUACUAGAGGUAGCAUUUGGCAUAUGGACGCUUUGGAACGCAUGCAAAUGCUAAAGUAAACCAUG